AGCGCGUCGCUCAGAGCAACAGCGCUUCUCCUGUAUCGCGUUGGGUUGCUUGUCAGUGGACUGGAAUGGAGGUGGAUAGGAUUGCAGCUGUAAUGAUGGGCUCCCGUUGCAGGUGAACAGAAGAAGAAGAAGAAGAAGACAUGCAGACCUGCUUCCGUGACUGUGAGAGAGGAGUCCGCGCGCCGCCCUCCACGACCCGAUGUGUUUUGUGCGUGUUUGUUUCAGUGAGCUUGUGUUAGGAAUAUGGGAUCAAUAUCGGGCCUCAAAGGGAACAGCAUUUUGGCUCCGAUGACCCGUUCAAGUGCUGCGUGGUGCUGUGUGUCCUGACCACCCUCUUGCUGCGGACACACACACACACACACACACACACACACCCGCACUCAUCUCUUCCCCUGCCUUUUGACUUCAUGAAGAUUCGCCUCAUUGGUGAUGUGAUGAAUAAAUUUGAGGUCCUUGGGAUUGUAGGAGAAGGAGCCUAUGGGGUGGUUCUAAAAUGCAGGCACAAGGAGACGAAAGAGCUUGUGGCCAUAAAGAAGUUUAAGGACAGUGAAGAGAAUGAAGAGGUGAAGGAGACGACCCUGCGGGAGCUGAAGAUGCUCCGCACGCUGAAGCAGGAGAACAUCGUGGAGCUGAAGGAGGCGUUCCGGCGCAGAGGGAAACUCUACCUGGUGUUUGAAUACGUGGAGAAGAACAUGCUGGAGCUUCUGGAGGAAAUGCCCAACGGCGCGCCACCCGAUAAAGUCCGCAACUACAUCUAUCAGCUGAUUAAAGCGAUCCACUGGUGCCAUAAGAACGAGAUUGUACACAGAGACAUCAAGCCUGAAAAUCUCCUCAUCAGCUCCAAUGACAUCCUGAAGCUGUGUGACUUUGGCUUUGCCCGGAAUCUUUCCGAAGGCAACGACGCCAACUACACAGAGUACGUGGCCACCAGGUGGUACCGAUCUCCCGAGCUUCUUCUCGGAGCUCCGUACGGAAAGGCCGUGGAUAUGUGGUCGGUGGGAUGUAUUCUGGGCGAGCUGAGCGAUGGACAGCCUUUAUUUCCGGGAGAGAGUGAGAUCGAUCAGCUCUUCACCAUCCAGAAGGUGCUGGGGCCGCUGCCGCCUGAGCAGAUGAAGCUGUUCUACAGCAACCCCCGCUUCGCUGGUCUCCGGUUCCCUACAGUCAGUCAUCCUCAGACCCUGGAGAGGAGGUACUUAGGCAUCAUUAAUGGACUCAUGUUGGAUCUUAUGAAGAACCUGCUGCUGUUGAACCCGUCGGAGCGCUUUCUGACAGAGCAGUGUUUGAACCAUCUCGUGUUCCAGGCACUGCGAGUGCUGGAGCGACCUGCGCCUCCGUCUCCCACCCCACCUCGCUCCUCCAAGAGAAAACCGUACCACGGGGACAACACCAUCCCCAGCCGUAGUAAGAGUUCUAGUCAUCGUCGGUCCAACAGCAAAGACUGCUCAUCGCUGCCGCGCCAUGAAGACUUGCGCCGGAGCACAGAAGGCUUCCUGAAUGGUGGCGGAGGGCCCGUGGCAGCCAGCUUGAGCCCUACACUACAUCCCAAGAGCUACCAGAGCCAGACGCUGAGCCGCUCAAUCUCUUGCAGCAAAGAGCUGGCCAACAACAAUCUGCCCCAUCUCUUGAGCCCCAAGGAUGCCAAAGGCAAAACCGAGUUCGACUUCACUCUGGGGCCCAAAACCACUGCCGGCGUGGACGUUUCCACUGGCAAGUACCUCAAAUCAUCCAAACAAAACCGCCAGCCGUCAUCGUCUUUUCUGGAAGGCAAAACAAGCACUCUGCAGUCUGGAGACAAGCACGGGCGUCAUGGCUACAUGGAGAGCUCACAUGGCUCUAUGCCCUCGUCGUCAUCGUCCAAGAGCAACUCAUCUUUCCUCGGUCUGUCCAAAAGCCAUGGCACACUGAGUGACGCCAAGUCUGUUGGAAACCUGACCGAGCCCCGCCUGCACCUAGAGGAGACCAUGCCCAAUUCUAGCUCUGGUUCCCGGUACUUCCCGACUAGCUGCUUGGACUUGAACGCCGCCCCAGCCAGCCCCCGAACAGAGCGGCACUCUGGUUCAGAUCGCCAAGGCCACAGCCCAGCAGGGCGAAACAACCCUCGCAUGGAAGGUGGCACCCUGGACUCGCACCACUCCUCCAGCCGCAAAAAAACGCCCGAGGAAGCCAAAGUGCCAGAUGCCCUGGAUCCAGCCAUGGUGGCUGGAGCCGCAGGCGUGCACGGUCACACACUUUCUGCCCCCCAUGAGGCCGUCCCCUACGGCCUGGGGUACACCAGCCCCUUCUCUUCUCAGCAGCGCCCCCACAGGCAUUCUAUGUAUGUGCGACGUGAACGCCACAGGACCCACGGUCAGGAGGCCGGGCUGGCAGUGAGCCAAGGUGUGCCAACGCGUGCCAGCAGCCUACAGCUACUCUCCCCUCAGCUGCCUCACCGCACAUUACCACGCCAUCCAACCAGCUCCUCCAGAGAGGAGCUCAGCCAGGACCUCAGCAGGAAUGAACAGUCUCCAAAAGAGAAGCCUCACUCUCAUGGCCCAAUUAAGGACUCAACAAGGGACAACACUUCUUCCUUCCACUCACAGCGUGCCAAAAAUGAGGUCGGGAUGUACCACGAUCCACAUAUGGAAGAUGGAACCUCAUCCAAGGAGAACCGGAUCAUCUAUAGUGACUCUAUGCCUCGCAGAGUGGGCAGCUUUUACAGAGUCCCUUCUCCACGACCAGACAAUUCCUUCCAUGACAGUGCGGCUCAGAGCAGAGUUCCACCCGUAUCAGCGGACAGCGCUGCCAUGGCCAACCACUCCAAACGCCAGACGAACUUUGACCCCUGGAAUAACUCGGAGGCCAUGGUUAUGAACCCACCGGAGAUUCCGAAACAGAAGGAAAAACAGGGUUUCUUUAGAGCAAUAAAGAAGAAAAAGAAGAAGUCACAACCAACGGAGGGCUGCGAGGGAAGGAACCCGAGCAUCAAGAAAAGCCUUUUCCCCCUCUUUAACUCAAAGAAUAGCUUAAAGCAUAACUCCUCUGUGCUUCCUGUCCUUGCUCAGCCCAUGGUUGCAGCUGAAGGACAGCAGGACCAGCUGGUGCUCCAGAGACCAGUGAAAUCCUCGUCCCACCACAGCAGCCGUCACCGGAACCGGGACAGAGACAGAGACAGAGACAGGGACCGGGACAGGGAUAGGAACCGAGAGCGAGGACGUGAUCGAGAACGAGAGAGAGACAACACCUGGCCUAUAGAGAAACAUACAAAUGUGCAACCUCAGAACCAACCUCUAAGGUCUCUGCGUAAGUUUCUGCACCUCUCAUCUCCCCCCUCAUCCUCUGCAGCUCCUAGCCAGCCUCCUCCUCCACCUCCUCCAGAUCGCUCCUCUGAACUGCGAUUCCAGCCACUUGCCAACCCGCCACCCAAAGCAGCACCCCCGAACAUGCCUGAAGCACGGGCCAUUCCAGUAGGCAGCAUCACUCCUAACACCAAGAGCCGUAAGCCCCACAGCUACCCUCUGCCGGGGCAGAUAGAGUCCGCCUGGCAUGCCUCAGCUCCCUACCCCGACCAACUGGCCAGUAAAGGUGGGCAGAAUGGCAUCGGGUUCGCCCGGGCUGCCCGUCCUCGGAUGCCAAACCUCAAUGACCUGAAAGAAACCGCUUUGUAGGGGGCAGACGUGUCUUCUUUCUCUCCUUUGACUCUUUGGGGGUAACUGCAAAACCAAUAUCACUUCCGCACUUAACGACACCUCUGGCCAGAAGGUGGCGCUAAUCAUGUCUUGAGUUUGUUUUUUAAAAAUCAUCCACAUCCUUUGAUAGAAUUUGUAUUAUUGUUAAUGGGUUCAGUUUUCAGUUAUUGACCUUGAUGAAGUAUCUAAGUAUUUGUAUAAGGAAAUUUAUCAGAUGGGGGUAAAUUAACCGUGGAAUAGUAAGAGCUUUAGUUUAUACACCAGAGAAUGUAUAAAUAUUUAUUGUGUAAUAAUUCUAUAUUUCAUGGAGAUUAUUUAAUUAAUUAUGAGUGUCUUAAUAUUUAAUAUUUACAUUGUACAGAGUGCAUUUUAUUGUUGUAACAAAUGGUACAUAUUAUUAUUAUUAUUAUUAUUAUUAUUAUUAUUAACAGUUUGUUCUGUUAUGAAUCCUCCACUGCCUAGGCAUCUCAGCUUUUAAACAUUUUGUGAGAUCUAUGAGAUCUAACGUCCCAUUAACACAGAAGCUACACUGUCAGAGGCUAAUUCUCAUCCCAUGAGCUCUAGCUAACAAAUGGCAGGGUUUUUUUUUGUUGUUGUUGUUUUGUUUUUUCUUUUGCUUGUUUUCCUUUUUUUUUUUUACCUCUCUCUUUUUGAAAGCAUUUCUAAACUAAAAUCUGAACUGUAAGCCAAACCCAGUCUGAAUGGCUGAAAAAGAUGGACGGCAUGCCACGGUAGACGCAGUCAGGGAUUAGUUCAGCAGGGUUCGUGUCAGUACUGACUGUCUGACGCUCACCUCUGCACCAGGUUUGUGUUCCAAAACUGUUUUUAAUGUUCCCUCAUUGACUUGCCUUUGUCAUUUCCCCUUUGGGAGAAUCAGUUCUUGUUCAAGAGAGUGUAAGUUGUUUAUGAGUGUACGUAUGAGCAAUAACUUAUAUAUGAAGUAGUCUCGCAAGCAAGACGAGGGAGUCUGAUACAUUUCGCCAAUAAACUUGGCCAAAAUAUGCCAGCUUUCCCAGAAAGAAGCUAUUUUCUUGAUAUCAACAAAUAGCAGACCUUUUUUCUGUAGCCUUGCUAGACUCUUAUUUACUCACUACUCUCUGCAUCAGACGGAUCUGUCUUUUAGACAGUUUUUAAAUCCAAGAGUCGGUAAAUGCUUUUCAAUCUGGUGACCACAUUUUGCUCUGAAAAGCUAAUUUGUUAGUAUUGAGAAGUACACCGCUCGCCUAAUAUUGUGUAAGUCCCCCUUGUGCCGUCAAAACAGCUCUGACCCGGUGAAACAUGGACUCCACGAGACCUCUGAAGGUGUGCUGUGGUAUCUGGCGGCAAGACGUUAGCAGCAGAUCCUUUAAGUCCUGUAAGUUACGAGGUGGGGCCUCCAUGGAUCAGACUUGUUUGUCCAGAACAUCCCACACAUGCUCGAUCGGAUUGAGAUCUGAGGAAUUUGGAGGCCGAGUCUACACCUUGAACUGUUUGUCAUGUUCCUCAAACCGUUCCUGAAGAGUUUUUGCAGUGUGGCAGGAUGCAUUAUCCUGCUGAAAGAGGCCACUGCCAUUAGGGAAUACCGUUGAAGAGGUGUACUUGGUCUGCAGUAAUGUUUAGGUAGGUGGUACGUGUCAAAGUAACAUCUAUACGGUUUCCCAUAAGGUUUCCCAGUAGAACAUUGCUCAGACCAUCACACCUCCUCCGCCAGCUUGUCUUUUUCCCAUAGUGCAUCUUGGUGUCAUCUCUUCCCCAGGUAAGUGACGCUCACGCAUCCGGCCUCCACAUGAUGUAAAAGAAAACAUGAUUCAUCAGACCAAGCCACCUUGUUCCAUUGCUUCAUGGUCCAGUUCUGAUGCUCAUGCUCCCAUUAUAGGCUCUUUUGAUGGUGGACAGGGAUCAGCAUGGGCACUCUGACUGGUCUGCGGAUACGCAGCCCCAUACCCAGCAAGCUGUGAUGCAUUGUGUGUUCUGACACGUUUCUAUCAUAGUGCUACAGUAGCUCUUCUGUGGGAUCAGACCAGACGGGCUAGC